AUGGACCAGCUUAAACUAGAACUCAAAACAUUCGAGCGAAAGUUCGAAAAGAAGUAUGGAAGACCACCUGCUCGUGAUGAUAUUCGAGCAUUACCAGAUAUAAAGUAUCGAUACAAGCAAUAUGCAACGCUACAACGCGAACGACAUAAGAAAGAAGUGGUCCAGGAGACUCCUCACAGAAAUGAAACGACGGAACUGGAUUUGCCGGUGGAACUGGGACCCACUCCUCAGAUUUAUGGGAAAGUCUUGGGCUUAUUCGAUAUGAAAGUGUCCCCCAUCAAGAAAGAGUCUGUCGUGUCGCCAGAAACUUCGUUAAAAAUUUCGGGAGGAGUAAGUGGUGUUAAUCGGUCUCCGAAACUGCAAGAAGUCAAACGUCGCUUGGAUUUUGAGCUAACCCCUCGAAAAUCACCCAAGAAAAACCUGUAUGGGCCAAACUCCCCGUUCAAAUUUGACGGUGUUCAACUUUCGAUUCAAACCCCACGGCGCAAUUUGCGAAGCCUCAUGGCCGAGAGUGAGAUGACUAGUGGCGGAAGCCCGUCUCCCAUCAUCAAAAGGCCCAUUGGCAAGCCUUUACUACAGCUGGCUCGCGAAAACGAAAAGUUUAUGGAGGAGACAGACGAGUUCAGUGACGAUGAGGUCAUCUCACGAGAGAUCAAGGACGUUUUCCAGAAUGACGAGAUACCGCAGGAUGAACAGGCUUUGGAAGAUCUCACAGAUGUCGUAUUUAAGCGCACAAAACGUAAACAUAUCUUACGACCUGCCGUCAACGGAUCAGCGACACCACAGCCCAUACAGGUGAAUAUCAAGGACGAGAUGGCAAGGCUGAAACAGCAAGCCAUCGACGAAUUUAAUGGCGUAGAAACUGCAAGCAGUGCAGUGAUGCAAACCGCUGACAAGGCCCCAACAACCAGCACUCGCCGCAAACCUAAGAAAUACAAUCUCGUCAGUAACAAUUUCCGACGGCUCAAGCUUCCUAAAGCGAAGAACAAGGGCAAGGGCAACAGGUGGGGCCAGCGCUGA